UUAGCAGCCUCGGAAGGGUUCAUCGAAAGUUCACUCGCAUAUAUUAGGCAAUUCAAUCUUUCAUUCUCUGUGACCAAACUAGUAGGAAAUGAGCUACAUGGAGGCAGGAUAAACCAUUCGUCAUUCGAACGGGGAGAUGUGGUUUUAAAACGCGAUCUGUGAUAUGUAUAAGAAAAUAUUUUCAAUUCGGCGGGCUCGAGCGAGGAAGGUCUGGUGUUGUUAAGCGCACGGGACGGGGCCGCGCAAAACAUUUCUGCCAUAAACUCUUUGGAACGUUACAGAGGUGACUAACUGUCUUUAUUGCAAAAACCGGACACAGGAGGAAAAUGGCAAAUUUUUAUUUGGGUCAAUUACAAGCUUUUAGAGAUGUUGACUGUCAUAAUUCAUGAUCCGUCUAGUCUGUGAAGAAGACCAAGAUUUUACGUGCCAAAAAGGGGCAGACUGAUGGAGUUGUGCGUACUUAUGUUCGCGAUUUUUAUCCACACCUAAAGGACGUAAAGGCAUACAAUAACAGGCACACUGUUGCGACUAAGGGACAUCAUGUUUGAUUGUAUGGAUGUGCUAGCGGUGAGCCCGGGACAAAUGUUGGAUUUCUACACUUCGAGUCCCUCUUCGUGUAUGCUUCAAGAGAAGGCACUGAAAGCGUGCUUUAGUGGGCUCACUCAGAGAGACUGGCAACACCGCCGGAGCGCACAGUCCAUCGAGACCCAGAGCACCAGUUCUGAAGAGUUGGUCCCAAGCCCCCCAUCCCCUUUGCCCCCCCCUCGCGUCUACAAGCCCUGCUUUGUGUGCCAGGACAAGUCCUCAGGGUACCACUAUGGUGUCAGCGCCUGCGAGGGCUGUAAGGGUUUUUUCCGUAGAUCCAUCCAGAAGAACAUGGUGUACACGUGUCACCGGGACAAGAACUGCAUCAUCAACAAGGUGACCAGGAACCGCUGUCAGUACUGCCGGCUCCAGAAGUGCUUUGGUGUGGGCAUGUCCAAAGAGUCUGUACGAAAUGACCGGAAUAAAAAGAAGAAGGAGAGCCCCAAGCCAGAUCUGGCAGAGAACUAUGAGCUGAGUGCCGAACUAGAGGCCAUCAUCGAAAAGAUACGCAAGGCUCAUCAAGAGACCUUCCCCUCCCUCUGCCAGCUGGGGAAAUAUACCACGAACUCCAGUGCAGAGCAGCGUGUGAGGUUGGACUUGGGCCUGUGGGAUAAGUUCAGUGAGCUGGCUACUAAGUGCAUUAUAAAGAUUGUGGAGUUUGCCAAACGAGUGCCUGGCUUCACGGGACUCACCAUCGCUGACCAGAUCACGCUGCUGAAAGCUGCCUGUCUCGACAUACUGAUCCUGCGCAUCUGUACGCGCUACACUCCGGACCAGGACACCAUGACGUUCUCAGACGGGCUGACCCUGAACCGGACCCAGAUGCACAACGCCGGCUUCGGCCCGCUCACAGACCUGGUUUUCACCUUCGCACACCAGCUGCUUCCCAUCGAGAUGGACGACACAGAGACCGGCCUGCUCAGUGCCAUCUGCCUCAUCUCCGGAGAUCGUCAGGACCUGGAGGAGCCCUCUAAGGUGGACCAGCUCCAGGAGCCUCUGCUGGAGGCGCUGAAGAUCUACGUGAGGAAGAGGAGGCCCAGCAAGCCACACAUGUUCCCCAAGACCCUGAUGAAGAUCACUGACCUCCGCAGCAUCAGCGCCAAAGGCGCGGAGCGUGUCAUCUCCCUGAAGAUGGAGAUCCCUGGCUCUAUGCCCCCUCUGAUCCAGGAGAUGUUGGAGAACUCAGAGGGCCAGGACGGCCAGAGUGGCACCCAGAGCGAGGACGGCAGCAGCCCCAAGAAAGGGACCCCCAAGGGGAGUAAGGGAGGUAAACCCAAGGGGGCCAAACCCUGUCAUGUGUCCCCUGCCCCAGACCCUGACCCCUCAGACAGCGACGGGCCCACCACCGCCCCUGAGGAAGAGGAGGAAGAGCACCCCUAGAUCCCCGGUGGAUCAUUCUCAGACUCACCCCCCCCGCCCCCGACAUUCAUUUGCACAAAACAAAAACAGAAUAUAAGUUGACAGCUAAACAAGGUGGACCCUCUCCCCCUAAACCCACCUCUUCAUCGGCCCUUGGCCCCCAGGCUAAACACCACCACCUGUGCUUGUUCUAAUGAUAUUUUGGAUUUUUCUUUCUCCUCUCUCUUCACCUCCCUUCUUUUUUAUGACAACGCUAAGGCCUAAAAGGACCAGUGGUUGGUAUGUGCAUAAUUAUUCUAAACCGAUGCUCUUAUUUUGGCGUUAUGUGUCCGGGACAAGGGCGUGGUUCAUCGAGUGGGGUUUGACCCUGCCGGGCACGUCCAGCUGUUGUACACAAAGGUCAUAGGUCAUCCUCCUCAGGUUCUCCUGUGUAAAUUCAUCCCUGCAUGACGGGCUCUCCGAGUUUAAUACGUGGUUUCAAUCUCUUUUCUAUCGGUCCCUCUCCCUCCUCUCUCUCGCUCUCUCUGUCUCAUAUUGUUGAAACACAUUGUACAUACCAAUGUAUGGUCAAUCUCUCUGUUUCUAUGGUGAAUUUUGUGGUGCUUUUUUCAUUGUCUUAAAUACUAUCGUUUGAGGCAAAACAGUACAUGACAAGGUUUAGGCCUAAAGGUGGCCUAAAAUGUCCUUUACAAAUGCAGUUAAAUAGAAUGUUCCGGCAUAUAGACAGUAUGGACGUCUAAUACUUUAUAUUUGUUCCUAUAUUUAAAGCCAUUUUCUUUUCUUUUUUUUUUAUAACUCUUGACUGUUGAUGUCUCGAUGAGUGUACAUUACAUUCAUCAUGAAGCCAGAGUGCUAGACAUUUCUCUCCCUUAUCGACAGCUGCAUCUCUUCAGCUGUUCCUUCAAGGAGGGAAGCCAGACUGUAGAGGCCAUAGUUAUACAAUGCCUAGAUUUAAUCUAGAUUCACAAAUACAGAAUUGGAUCUGUCUACCACAGAUAACAGCCUGUAAUGUUAUGUACAGGAAUUGUGAGACUAAAAGGCUCAAGAGAUUUUUUUAUCAUGAUUUAAAGAAGAUUCCAGGAGAAAACCAUGCCGUCAUAACCAGUAGUCUCUGAUUGGGUUGAGCUGUGCUCACUGACAGACUUUAUUUAACCCAGCUUUCGCCACUGAGAAAUUGAACUUUUUUUUAAUGUUGAUUUGAAAUGAUUGUGUUUACACAGAAUUUCCACAAUGUUUCCCUGGAAAUUCUCCUAAAAAAUCCCCCACCAUUAAUACAGGAAAAUUCAUUCUUAUUACAAUGGUAAAAUCAAAGUAAUCUUUUUAGGCGUACGUCUUAUCAGUGUAUGCCUAAUAGCAUCUACAAGCAUCUGGGAAAUACAAAAUGCACGUUGGGUUCUGAUUCCAGGGUCCCAAAAGUGUCCUGUAACCCCAGAAUCAAUACCUGCUUCUCCUUACAUGCAUACAUAAGUGUCUUGUUUUGGCAGUAAACUAUGGGGACAUUGCAAUCCUUUGAACACAUUAUUAAAGGAACUGCUCGAUGGGAAAGAUUGUACACUAGCUCUAUCUAGCUGCAAAAUGGAUUCUAGUACUCACUAUGUAUUCUUAGUUGUCCGGAGCAUUGGCAUGCUCCUUGGUCGUUACCUUGCAUACUCACAGUGAAGCAAUGGAGAUUCUUCUCACAUUACCCUUUACCUCUAAGGCAUGCAGUACGUUUGGGUAGACAGCUUGAAGAGCUGAGGUGCAAUGUUGUCACCCAAAAUUCUGAAAUAGAUUAUGAGGACAUGCUUCUCUGUCAUAUAGAAUAGGGAUUUGUGUUAGUUCUUCCGAGCAUAAAAUACAUGUAUUUAAAUAUAAUUCUCUAAAUUUGAGACAAAAAUGAAUACAUUUGAUAUAUUUAAUUUAAACUUUAUUCAUACUUAUUAGCAUUUCAGUACAUUUAUAAAGCUUAAGAUACUUUUAAAUGUAUUUAAUGCAAAAAGAUAAUAAAUAAUGAAUAGUUAACAAUGAAUAUCAUUAUGUAUAUACAACAACAAAAAAGACUGUGUGGAAAAUAAGAAGACAUCUCUAACUGUAAAGUUCUAGAAUAUUGCACCAACUUAAAGCAAUGCUGCUUUGUAUUUGGGACGAUAUAUCUGCUAAAGAGCUUUUUUCUCAGGAGUAAGAACAUCCUAAAUUGUUGGCCUAAUGGCCCUCCUGAUCUUAUGCAGUCUAUUCUCACUAUGGCUGCUUUUGUUCCAGGCCUGAAUCAGAUUGUAAUUUGGACACUGUAAUUGCUAAUAGACAAGAAUCCACACUAAAUAUUGUUACAUUUUUUCGAUUGUUGUGAAGUGAAACAGAAGUGAUUUUCCGUGUAGAUGCAUGGCUAUACUAGGAAGAACUCAAGCCUUAUCCACCCUUUAUUACCUGCCCUAGGCUGGUCUCCCUUGUGGUUGUAAGGAUAAGGACAGAUAAGAUUGUUUAAUCAGAUGUUGACUCAACUAUAUCUAGUAAGCACUGAUUUUAAUAGCACUUAUAUAAAUCUUGAACUUGUGAAUCAUAUGUAGCCAAUACAAUGUUAAAGGGGGGUGGUAAAAUACAAUUUUCUUUAUCACUUGUGUAAAUGUAAUAAUAAUUUGGCAAUCUGAUUAUUGAGUCAUUGUACCCAGUGCAUCGGAUGGCUAGUUAUUCUGAAUAGAGGCCAAAAGUUGAACCACAAGGGAAUAGAGUAUUAUAGUCACUGUAGUCAGUCCCCUGGAAACCAGGCUGGGCUCAAUUCCAUUUACUUCCUGAAAUAAUAUGGAAUUGAGCCCAACACCUUUUAGGAACUGUUUACACACACAACCAUGUGCUCUGCUCUAUUUCCACCUCAACCCCACUUAUAAUACAUAUCAUAAGGGAAAAAAAACGAAACCGUCUCAGUUCCACCGUGUUUGAAUGUGAAAACAUUGUCCAUGAAUGAUAUGCUGUGUUAAAGGAAUACUUAAUUGAAAGCAGUGUUUUGGCAAACUCAUUUCGUCUCAUUGGGAAUGUAAAGUAUGAGGAACCAUCCUGGUGGCUUAUGAACUGAGCAGUAUGUGAGAAUCUCAAUAACUCCUCGCCUCCUUCACAAAACACAUUGGAGAUAAGGCUGCAGAACCUCUAACUUCCUCCAGUGUGUUGCUGAGGAGUGGAUGAUGGGAAUGAAGGAAAGCCUUUUGAAUUACCCUGAGCGAGAUUCUCAAUUGCAUACUCCUUUAAACCCUUUCUCUUCUCCUCUUUUCUUUCUUAAAACCCAUUGAAGGAGGGCCAGAGGGGAGAGACCUUUGGCCUGAUUCAGUGGAUUUUGAGAAGGACCCGGGGGGGAGGGGGGGGUCCUUCUUAAAGACACCUUUUAGUGUCAUUAAAGCUGGGAACCUUCUUUCAGAAUGUCUACAUCCAACUAUCUGAAGUGUCCACAGCACCUCCUGUUGGCACCAAGUGGAACCAGCUGGAAACUCGAUCAUUCCACAAUGCUGAAUUUACAAUGUUGAUUUCUGUUGAAUGUUUUACCGAUGUAACUGUUAAUAUUUAAUACUAUCUCACUACGGACUUGUCCAUGUAUUCAACGGUGUGUGUGUGUGUGUGUGCGUGUGUGUGUGUGGUGUGCUUUCCAUUCCAAUGGCAGCUCUAUUCAGAGUGUCAUCUCAGAGCCAGCCCUUCUGAGGCAACAGCUGCUCAACCCCACACUAUUUAGGACUAAGAGUUCAGUACCUGAGCAUGGGAUCAAUGUAGGGUUGCAGGGUCUCAAAAAAGUUCCCAAAAUGUAAUUAAAUAUUUCUGAACUCACGAAGAAUCGACCCCUUGUCUGUGACCCAUCGUGGUGAUCACAGAUUGUAAGUGAUUGGAUAGGUGACAGCAAGGACUACAACCCUAUUACUUUCACAGAUCUGCCAGUGAAGACCUGUGAUUACUUCAAGGUGGGAGGGAGGAAGCACUUAGAAAGCAUUUCGGAAUCAGAAGAGGACAAGCUGUUGGUGAAUUCCUAGACCUGAAAUUCUUCCAUUGAGGAAUUGUAAAGAAAAAUAAGUACAUUUUGGGAAUGUUUCAGAAUUGUUGCAACCCAAGUUCAUUGCUGAUGAAACAAUAGAGCUGCUUUCCCCCUGUUUAGUUCUGUAAUACCAAGCAGCUGUCAUUCAAUCAAUCAACUGACAGCAAUUUGGUCAAUAACUGAAUACAAAUUGAUAUAUGUUGAUCAUGUUCAAGACAGGAACAAUGCAGAUUGAAGAAGACCAAAUAGAGUAUAUAUACCGAUUCCACACUCUACAAGUCUCUUAUCUGCUCUGUUUCAGUGUUCCAAAAUGUUUUGCUCUACUAUACGUUGCCCGUGAUCCACCCAUCUAGCAUAAGCCAGAAAGAACAUGACUGUGAACCUCAAAAGCAGCUCUGUUGUUGUUAUGCCUAUUCAAAAGGUCUCUAUGCUGAAAGCAUUUAAUGCGUUUUUUUCACCAAACUAUUUUCCAUCUGCAGGUGACGGUGUUGUAGUUGUUAUGAUGAAGAGACGUCCAAUUUUGGUUGAGUCCUCUCAUCUUUGUCUUACUGGACAUGUGGGUGGGCAGGGGCUUUCCUAGCAGAUAUGAAUUUACCCAGAACCUCCUGCUUACCUGGUAGGAUGGGAACAUGGGAAGUCUUUAGGAGCUUUUUGGUGUGAGCUUCUAUCUUGAUUUUGUUCUCCAUUUUCAAUAUUGUCUCUUUGUUUGUACAACGAUGCUUUUUAUGUUCAUAUACUGUUUAACUUUACCAUGAACUGUCCUGGCAAAGUAAUAAAAAUAUAUUUAUUUUAAAAUA